GUUCUUCAGGAAGUAAAUUACCUGGUAAACAAACUUCGGAUUUUGCCUUUUAAAUGUAUCUUUACUAUCCAUACUUUUUAUUUUAGUACCUUUCUAUUUCAAUAUCCUAAUGUUUAUCGCGAACUAAUCGCUUAACGCUCAUGCUGGGCUCUGCUGUUUGCGUUAGCUCGCUAGCUGAAGGGGUUUGCAACUAUUCUGGUGUUAUUUACGACCAAAAUUUGAAUAUUUAAUCUAUACACACAUUGUCUUUGUUCCGAAUCAGUUUUUGGACACUCUAGCUCAGCGAAGAAGAAGACGACACGAUGUCUGGAAGCUUUUACUUUGUUAUGGUGGGUCAUCAUGACAAUCCUGUAUUUGAGAUGGAGUUCUUACCAGCUGGGAAAUCAGAAUCUAAGGAUGACCACCGCCAUCUGAACCAGUUCAUUGCACAUGCAGCCCUGGAUUUGGUGGACGAAAACAUGUGGCUUUCCAACAGCAUGUACUUGAAAACUGUGGACAAGUUCAACGAAUUCAUCAUGCUGCACGACGUGCGACAAGAAGAUGGGAUCAAAAACUUUUUUAACGAUGUGUAUGAUUUAUACAUUAAGUUUGCAAUGAAUCCUUUCUAUGAAAUUAACGCACCGAUUCGUUCGACAGCCUUUGAGAGGAAAGUCCAGUUUCUCGGAAAGAAACACCUCCUGAGCUAAUAACUUCCCACAAAUGUCUGAAAUGCAUUUAGUCUGUUUUGUUGUAUUCGAAUGUCUCAGCAUUAUUGUUUUUCCUUUUGCACAAAUGUAAAAUGUGGUUAACAGAAAAAUAAUGGUUUGUAUUAAAUAUUGUCUCC